CUGGUCUGUGGGCGGGCAUUUGUAUAUAGUGGGGAAUUCCCAGUCAGUAGGCCUACUCUUCUGUGUUGAAGUGUUACUGUAUAUCUGUUCAGCACUUUAGAGCUCGGACGUAAACCUAAGACAAGAGUGUUCGCAUAAAAUGGAUGUGCAUUCCAUCUCAAUGCACAGGGACCCCAAUCUAAUGGGAGAGCCCUGUGCUCAGAUCUUCGAGCAGCCGAAACAGAGAGGCAUGCGCUUCAGGUAUAAAUGUGAGGGUCGUUCAGCAGGCAGCAUACCUGGAGAAAGAAGCUCAGACAAUAACAGAACCUACCCAAGCAUUCAGAUUCUAAAUGUUACCAGAAAAGGAAAAGUACGUGUUACCCUGGUGACCAAAAGCGAACCAUAUAAACCCCAUCCUCAUGACCUGGUGGGUAAGGACUGCAAGGAUGGUUAUUAUGAGGCAGAGUUUGGACCUGAACGAAGAGUCAUCGCUUUUCAGAACCUGGGUAUCCAGUGUGUGCGGAGACGAGAAGUGAGAGAUGCCAUAAUGCAGAGGAUUGCGCGGAGAAUCAACCCCUUCAAUGUUCCCCGGGAACAGCUUCUACAGACUGAGGAGUAUGAUCUGAAUGUGGUGCGUCUUUGCUUCCAAGUUUUCUUGCAAGAUGAGACCGGGAUGUACAACACCACGCUGCCUCCCAUUGUCUCAAAUCCCAUCUAUGACAACAGGGCCCCAAAUACAGCUGAAUUGCGAAUCUGCCGGGUGAACAAGAACAGUGGCAGUGUAAAGGGAGGUGAUGAGAUUUUCCUCCUCUGCGAUAAAGUGCAGAAAGAUGACAUUGAGGUGAGGUUCUUCACUCAGACCUGGGAGGCCAAAGGCUCCUUCUCUCAGGCAGACGUACACAGGCAAGUGGCCAUAGUGUUCAAGACACCCGCCUACUAUGACACCGCCAUUACAGCCCCUGUCACAGUGCGCAUGCAGCUUCGACGGCCCACGGACCAGGAGGUCAGUGAGCCUAUGGAGUUCCGCUAUCUCCCCGAUGACAAAGAUCCAUAUCGCUGUCAAGAGAAGAAACGUAAAAUUGAAAGCCAGAUGAAAUCCUUCUCUAGCUUCUCCCAAGGAGCCAUGAGCUUCAUGAACAGACCAAAAGCAGUGCCUUCACCUAGCAUGAUAAAUCAGAGAAUCAAACUCGAGCAACAAAAUUAUUAUAGUCCAUCCAGUCAUGGGGUGAUGCGCCAAAAUCCGACAGGCUAUUAUAACAAAGCCCCUCCAUCCUGCUCCAUGAUGCCACCCCUAACAGAGCCCCUACCAUCAGGAACACUCAGUCAAGCAUGGACCACUCCAGUCACCAACACCACCAGAGCCAGUAAUGGAGUGGGCCUACAGCAGGUGAACCCAAGUCCCAGCAUGCCCACCACAGGGGAAAGUGGAAACAGCCUUCCUCUGCUGACCGCUAUGGAUCUGGAGAUUCUUCAACCUGAUGGCCCAACCAGCAGCCAGCCUCGACAGGACCAACUGAACCAGCAGGUCCAGCAAUCCCAACAGCCACCUCAAAGGCAAGGCGUAGAAGGAGCCCAUAAUUGGUAUAACUUUGGCCAACAACAGCCUCAAAGCACACAGAAUGGGGCAACAGGUACCGGUGGGUCAAUGGGAACUGGCUACUUGUAUCCAGGCAACAUGGAUGACGAUUUGUUUCAAAACCUGAUGGGCAAUCAUCAGCCAGGCCUAUCACUGAAACAGGUAACUCAAGGGCCGAGCAAUAUGGCUGUGCUGGGGCCCAGCUCGGACUGUGGGCAGUCCUUCCCCGCGCUCCUGAACUCCACCACCACCAAUGGAAGUACCGCAGAGACCAUGAGACAAAUGGAAGCUGGUGGGCCCAAUCAGAGGGCCUCGCAGAUUCCGUACCCUACCAGCAGCAUGGGGCAGGAGAGCCAUCUUGAUUCUUUUGCCUGGACAUACUACCCCGAAAAAGUAAAGUGGAAUUCCAUUCCAAGUGUUCAAGAUGUUCAUGAUUUUGUUCUUUAA